AUGUCCGCUCGUAAAGGAAACAAGGACAUGAGGCAACGUGGAAAUGGAACAGCUGUGCGAAUUCUGAGGUGGAAGGCGGGGAUUUACGAGAUUCUCGUGCCUGACCGUGAGCGGAAAAUCUACUUCGAUGUGGACAAAGCCGAGACCCCGCUAAGUGAAAUCAAGAGGGUCAUUCUCGAUAUCGGGCAGAGAAGGGUCCUGGCACAUCAUCCUUACGCGCAAAACCUGGAGGCCAUGGGACCAGUUGUGCGUUUCGUCCAACAAUACAAAGAGCUAGAAUUUGACACCGGCGUCUACAUGAAAAACCGAAACUUCAAGUGCAUUAACCAGGCGAAACCCAAUCAACCCAGGCAAGCUUACAUCGAGGGAGACGCGGAAUGGUCAAAGCACCUAGUAAUGCACGAUUUUGACGAUCAUGCUGUUGAUAUUGGGACGCUCUCUUUUCCCAUGCUCCCGGAACUCGCCACGAAACGGCGGGACGGUUCCCCCGCCACCAAUCCCACCGAUUUCGAUUGGCUCACCGCAGAACCUCUCGACAAACUUGCCAUCUUGCCCUGCGCCAAGCGGGCGGAAGACGGCUUUCUUCGGCACGACGUUAUCUGGCGUGUCAUGCUCUGGUGUCGUGACAUUGGGAUCGACUUUGAGGACUUCUGGGCUUGGGUUCAGCAAAAGGAUUCGAGCGUGACGUACUUCAAGAAGCAACAGGAAGCGUGGCGCGGCUCUGUACAGUUCUUCCCGAACAUCAGGGAGACAAAAGUCACCCUGCGCCUCCGAGACCAAUUCGAACUUUCGGAAGAGCGGAUCACGGAAGGCGUGCACGGCGGGUUCUAUGACUUUAGAGACAUCUCACCACCGAUGUCCGCACCGACUGACCCAAAAGGCGUCAGGCGAUUCUUUCCGCAGGGUAAGGGGACGAGACCAUCGGUCAAGUUUUCCGUUCUCACUAGGCCCAUGGGAAGCGGAAAAACCGAAGCGGUCGUCGCCUUCAUCAAGCGAUACGGCGUCGGCAAGCGCGUCUUGUGGCUAGCUCCGCGGAUCACCCUUAGCGCCAACACGGAGCAGAGGCUAGAGAAGCAGGAGUCUGCGCCGCUUUCGGCGGAAACACUGUUAUACCCUAGUAGCAACGCAAGCAGCAUUUCAAAAUGUAUCACCAAUCAGGCUGACCUCAGCAUCCAAAACCUGAGGAAAUUUCAGCAGAUGUCGCCGGGUUGCCUCGAUCCCAAACCACCUCCUCAGCAGUUGAGCAAAUUGGCAUAUUGAGAAGUAGGUCCCCUUAAAAAAGGGCUGGAGAUCAGCUAUCGAUAAGUAAAUUGGGGGCCUCAGCAUUGGGCUAUGACCGAAUCACUAUGUCUGGAAAUCGUAGUCCUUGCGUGUUUUAUUUGGACAAUAUGGAGACGAUUAACGGACUCGUGCACCGAUUUGAACCUUUUAGGCCCACAAUUUACUGGGAUCGAGUUGAGAACAAAGUGUGAGUUUUUUUUUGCAGAGGUAAGCUAUCUCUAAGCAAAAACUGAGAAAACCCCUCACUUUACUGGCGUUUUGAGCUACAUUCCGCUGUCUCGGCACUUCCCAGUGCCAGGGAUAGAUUCUGGUGGGAACUGUCUCCAUGGAGGCACAGAUCCCUGAUCUU